GCUGUGUCAAUUGGGUGACCGGGAACACAGGGCGCCCGCCUGAAGGAGACGCUGGGCAGGCAGGGCUGCCUUGUUUUGCUCACGGGGCCAGGUCUUCCUGGAGGAAAGGCGAGGGAGGCCGGUGGGAGGGAGAGAACUUUUGGAAGUUAGAACAUUAAGGACUUCUUAUAUCUAGGGGGAAGGGGUCGCCAGCCUCAGGGCUUGAUAGUCUCACUAGGGGCUGGCGCAUAAUUGAUAUUUCCAAACGAAAAAACCCUGCUGUGUUUUACUUCCUGUAUACCUCAGAUUCUUGCGAAACCCUGUGAGGAAUGAAGAUGUAACAGGAAAAUCAUGUUGCUAAAAGUACACACGUUUAGUAGGAAAGUGUUCAGUAGCUUGUUGCACUGCCCUGGCUUGGGUGUUACCUGCCUUGGGAUGGGAAAAAGUUUAAUCCAGCAGCUUCCGUGUAGAAACUUCCACGUCUCCUGCCAAAGAUGUACGAUGAUGCCAUCCUGGGUGAUUGACCGUUACGGAAAGAAUGAUGUGCUGCGAUUCACAAAUAACAUGAUGUUCCCUUUAAUCAACUUCCCUAAUGAAGUGAUUAUUAAAGUUCAUGCUGCAAGCUUAAAUCCCAUAGAUGUUAACAUGCGAAGUGGUUAUGGAGCUGCUGCUAUAAGGAUGAAGCGGGAUCCGUUGCACAUCACAAGCACAGGCAGUGAGUUCCCUCUCACACUUGGUCGGGAUGUUUCUGGAGUUGUGAUGGAGUGUGGACUAGACGUGAAAUAUUUCAGACCUGGAGAUGAGGUAUGGGCAGCAGUUCCUCCCUGGAAACAAGGCACUUUGUCAGAGUUUGUUCUGGCAAGUGGAAAUGAGAUCUCUAAAAAGCCCAGAUGUCUCAGCCACACUCAAGCAGCUUCCUUACCUUAUGCUGGUCUAACAGCAUGGUCUGCCAUUCGCCACGCUGGGGGGCUAAAUCAGGAUAAUUGCAGCAAUAAGAGAGUAUUGAUCUUUGGUGCAGCAGGUGGAGUAGGUACCUUUGCUAUACAGCUAAUGAAAGCCUGGGGUGCUCAUGUGACAGCAGUUUGUUCCCAAGAUGCCAGUGAACUCGUGAAACGUCUCGGAGCAGAUGAUGUGAUCGACUACAAAUCUGGAAGUGUGGAAGAACAGCUGAAAACGUUACCGCUGUUUGAUUUUAUCUUAGAUAAUGUUGGUGGAUCCACUGAAAAAUGGGCUCCUGAUUUCCUCAAAAAAUGGUCAGGAGCCACCUAUGUCUCCUUGAUAACCCCCUUCUUGGUCAACAUGGACAGGCUUGGUGUAGCGGAUGGCAUGUUACGGACUGGAAUGACGUUCGGUUCAAAAACUUUCAAGCAUCUUUGUAAAGGGGUUCAUUACCGGUGGGCAUUUUUUGCACCAAGCGGCCCUUAUCUGGACGAAAUAGCUGAUCUCGUUGAUGCAGGAAAGAUACAUCCAGUUAUUGAUCAAGUUUUCUCCUUUUCUGAUGUUCCCAAGGCCUUCCAGAAGAUGGAAGAAGGGCAUGCACGUGGAAAAACGCUGCAGACUGAAGGCAUUCUUACAGUGAUUCUAGAAGGCUUUUCAACCAACACGUAUGCUGGUUCAGCACAACUGACUGCUGAACAAUCUGUAGAUGUGAAGACUGAUGGGGUCAGCAGCAGAAUCCAAACAACUGACAUACUGCAGUAUGAUUGUAUAUUUUUUCUUCUACUGUUUCCUGCCUUUAUGCUAAAUUGGGCAAUCAGUAGUGCCUAGAUGCAGCCAUGAUCUUCUCAUUCCAGAUUCAUUUUGAUCAUUUGGUUAGAGAAAUGCAGCAUGCUAAUGACAUCUCACUUUAUUGAAAAGAUAAUCUUUUUUUCUGGAAAAUAGUCAUUUCCAAUUCAAGCUAUUCUUUGUUCUAACAACAAAAUGUAUGUAGGUAUGUAUAUAAAUCAAACCAGUAUCAAACAAAAGAAAGCAAAGCAAAAAUCAAUUUGACUUUCUAGUUACACAAAGCAUGCAGACAGACUUCUAAAAGUAGGUAAACAACAUUAAACACACCUCAAU